UUCCCUUCCAUCUAAACCCCCUCCCUGGACAGCUGUCCGCCCUUUCCUCUCCCACUUCACUUCGCUGCUCCGAACCUAUUCGAGAUUCUCUGUCUCAGACACCCACCGAAAUCCCGACCCUCCUCUUCGCAAUCAUCAAUGGCUCUGCCGAAUCAGCAGAAUGUCGAUUACCCGAGCUUCAAGCUCCUCCUCGUCGGCGAUGCUGGCACAGGCAAAACGACUUUUGUGAAGAAACAUCUUACUGGGGAGUUUGAAAAGAAAUAUGAGCCAACUAUCGGCGUCGAAGUCCAUCCUCUGGAUUUCUUCACAAACUGCGGGAAGAUGCGGUUUUACUGCUGGGAUACUGCAGCGCAGGAGAAGCUUGGUGGUCUAAGGGAAGGAUAUUACAUUCAUGGCCAGUGUGCAAUUAUCAUGUUUGAUGUCACUGCUCAAUUGACGUACAAGAAUGUUCCGACAUGGCAUCGCGAUCUCUGCAGGGUCUGUGAGAACAUACCUGUUGUGCUCUGUGGGAACAAGGUAGAUGUGAAGAAUAGGCAAGUUGAAGCAAAGCAGGUUACGUUCCAGCGGAAGAAGAAUCUGCAGUACUAUGAAAUUUCUGCAAAGAGCAAGUACAACCUUGAGAAACCCUUCCUCUACCUGGCCAGAAAACUUGCUGGGGAUCCAAAUCUGCACUUUGUUGAGUCUCCUGCUCUUGCUCCUCCAGAAGUGCACAUGGACUUUGCCCCACAGCAGCAGCACGAGGCAGAACUUGCUGAAGCAGCUAUUCAGCCACUUCCCGAUGGCGCUAGAAAAGCAGUUUUCAGGUUUGGAGACAGUAAUGAGCAUUCGAGACGGCAGGUGGUUUCAGCCUGCAUCCUUGCGAUUUUGGAGUUCUUCAUUGGGGAUGGGAGAUGUUUUCACUUUUUUGGUUUUGCUAAAUUACAUUAUUGUUUCCGCUUGAUUUAUCAAAUUAACCUCAAUUUCGGCAAACAUGUUUUGAUAGUUAACAGCUUACAUAUUUUUUUAGACAAUUGCGGUACAUGGAUGCUGUCGAGGGUGUUAAAUAGGCGGGUCGGUUCGAAGAUGGUCCGACCUAAAUUAAUUCAUUUAAUUUGUAUUGAUCCAUUCUUAUCAUGUAAUACAAUUUUGAUAAUUUGUACUCGACCCGAUUUAUAUUGCCGUAAUGCAUCGAUUUAA